AUGGCGGCUCAUAAAGGUAUUGCCGAUGAUCUUCUCUCCAAGCUGGCUGAAGACAUCGAGACGGGUGAGCAGAUGGAGGCCUUAGGACGAACGCUCGGAUUCAGGGUCGCAGACAUCAAUAGAUACACAGAGACCAAUAGGAUAGAAGGACGGGUGACUUGCAAGGGAACACGUGACAUGCUGUUUGACUGGAGACAGACCGUGGAGCCCUGCGACCAGCAUAUCAGACUGAAACAAGGUCUCAUUGACGCUGAGCUGGUCAUGCUUGCUAGUACAUAUCUCAAGAGGACACCGAUUAUUCCAGAUAUCCCCAGUAAGAAUAUCUCGCCAUCAUUGACCGUUCAACGAUGUCGCGAAAAGUUGGAGAAUAAGUACCUUAAUCAAUUAUGCAAAAUUCCUAUGAAACCGUGGGAUAAAAGUGACUAUGCUGAGUUCAAAGAUAUGCACACGGUUGUCACAAUGGUGACGAAGGACGCUCGUGGACAAGACACGAAAAAGAAGGAAAUACUCCAGGGUUCUGUUGCUGACAUUUUCUCGACGAAAGUAAACGGAAGACUGCCAGCUCGAAUCCUCAUUUCGGCCCCAGCUGGACGAGGGAAGACCACGGCUGUUGCUAAGAUGGCUUACGAUUGGGUUCACAGAGAAAAGGGGUCAGCAUUAGAACAUCUGCCUCUUCUGUUUGUUGUGAAAUUCCGAAACACAAGGAGGCGUACCUCGAUCGGAGAAGCAAUUAAGGACCAGCUUUUGAGUGAUGUUGAUGAUCUCACACCAGAGGGCCUGGAGAAUUUCAUUAGAGAGAAUCAGGGAAUCUGUCACAUCAUACUAGACGGACUAGAUGAGUAUGCCGGUAUUUCUUCUUUAAACCGAAGCUCGGAUAGCAAUAUCGUCAGAGUCAUCCGCUGGGAGGAAUUUACAGAGUGUCGGGUCCUUGUAACAACACGCCCUCACCUAGAGAACUUCUUCAAUCAAGAUGAUCUUCCAACGGUAUACACAAAGAUGUGGAUCGAGGGAUUCUCGCAAGAGAGUUCACGAGUAUACAUCGACAAGUUCUUUGCUCCGACUUCAAAUCCUUGUCGUGGACAUGGACUGAAGGCUUACCUUGAUGACCAACCACUUAUUGAUGAACUUGUCAAAACACCUUUAUUUUGUCUCAUGGUCUGUCACUUAUGGAGCAAGGAGCUUUUGAACACUGAAACGUCAACUCAAACAGAAUUAUUCGACAGCGUGAAUGCUUUUCUGAUGCACCAUGCCAAUGCCCGAUCACAAUCAAAAGUCAAACAAAUAACGGACGAAAAUCUAGGCGAAAUCAUUCGUAACCUAGGUAAGGUUGCUCUUGCUGGUCUACUAGACGAUUCCAAAAAGCUAGUCUUCACACCCCAUGAUUUCCGAAGAGUUCCCUCUAUCCUUGAUAGGGCAUGCGAGCUUGGGAUAGUAUCCAAGAUGACUGUUACAACCACAAGGCUCCAACGAUCUCACAAGACAACUUCAAUUAACGUUGAGUUUUAUCACAAACUCGCUCAAGAACACUCGGCUGGGAAAUACCUUGCUGCUAAAGCUAAAUCGAGAAAACGUCAAUGGCCCUGGCAGAUUUCCAAUUUAGACAGUGUAUUGCUCAAGAUCAACGCAAACAUCGGUGACUAUGAAAAUCUCCUCCGAUUCGCGGCUGGCACGGAUAACAGCCUGUGUAUACGAAUAAUGGAGGCGCUCCUUUCAAACAGUUCUCUUGAUGAGAGCGAGCGAUAUCGCAUUCUUCUUGACUGCUCAUCAGAGACCAAGGGUACUGAAGGAAAUGUGUCUUCGUUUGUUCAAAGAUGCGUAACUGCACAGAGCAUUGUUCUAAAGUCACCGACUGUCUACACCGUCGUUGGGAUGCAAAAUCUUCCAGACCAAAUGAAACAUGAGGUGACGAAUGUAAAGUUCGAGGGAUCUACUCUAACUACCGACGUGACGAGUGGACUAUGGCCAUGCCUCAGAUCAUUUUCGAUGCUACGUACUCUCACCAUCACAGACUCCUCUCUCAGUUUCCACCCAUCUACCCAUGAGCUUCCAUCCGUCGAAAAGCUAUCAGCCGAGAGAGUGACGUCACAAAGCUACGAAGGUCUGCUCUCAUCGCUCCCUGGCUUGACACAUAUCGAUAUCACUAUCGAUGAUGCAGAGAGAGACAUACCUCAGAUCACGGCUGGUCUUCGUCGGACCGGAGGACAGCAGCUCACAUACAUCACCAUUACAGCACCGGACUCACUCGCAUCAGAGAAGCAGAGUGUAUCGAGAGAUACGGUGAGAGGACUGGGUCUUCUGAUUAGAGAACAAACCAAGAACCUGCAGCGGCUAGAUCUGAGAAGGGUGAAGUGCACAGACGAGGAAGACUUGGUUUACCUCAUCGAGUGCUGCAGACGGGUGAAGACGAUGUCAUCCGUGUGGUAGGUUCUUGUUCAA